UUUGUUGAAUACGUGAAAAAUUUGCAUUUAAAACGUGAAAUAUCAAUAAAACUAAAAUAUUCAAAAUGAUAAGAGUACUACUUGCAGUGACUGUAUUAUCAUUCUUAUUUAUUUCGGUCCAUUGUAAUGGCGAUGAACAAAUGAGACAGACCUUGGAUGUGGUGCGUGCGGUUUGCCAACCAAAACACAAAAUAAGCGAUGACGUUGUUUUGGCCGCGCGUGAAGGUAAAUUUCCAGAAGACAAAAAUUUCAAGUGCUAUGCUCAGUGUGUAAUGGAAUUUUUGGGUACGAUGAAAAAAGCCAAAGUUCUUUAUGAGUCUGCAAUACGUCAAUUUGAUGUCCUCCUGCCAGACGACUACAAGGAACCCUAUAAGUAUGCAUUGGAAAAGUGUAAAACUUCGACUGGUGGUACGAAGAAUCCGUGUGAUGCUGCAUAUAAUGUACUUGUUUGCUUCCAUGCUCAUAAUUCCAAAAUAUCAUUUUUAUCGACGAAAAUGUUAAAGUUUCUUCUUCUCGUUGUCACACUUUCAUUAUCGUGCAUUUCAGUGCAUUGUAGUGGUGAGACGCAGAUGAGACAGAGUGCUGAUAUGGUGCGAGCAGUGUGCCAACCAAAACACAAAGUGACCGAUGAUGUUGUUCUGGGGGCUCGUGAAGGAAAAUUUCCGGACGAAAAAAGCUUCAAGUGCUAUGCUCAGUGCGUUAUGGAAAUGAUGGGUAUCAUGAAGAAAAAUAAGGUGACUUAUGAAUCAGCAAUGCGACAAUUUGAUGUCCUAUUGCCAGAAGACUACAAAGAACCUUUUAAGACCGCAUUGGGAAAAUGCAAAGACGCGACUGGUGGCGCGAAAAACCCGUGCGAGGCAUCAUUCAACUUCUUAAAGUGCUUUUAUCAAGCCAACCCAAAAUUUACAUUCGCUUAAAAACAUAUGCUUGUAAUAUUGUUUAAAGUGUUUAUGUU